AUGGACAUCGUCCAGGCCGUCUCAGGCUACAUCUCCAAGAUGAUGUCGUCCACGGACAGCAGCGGAUCUGGAUCUGCGAAGAUGAAGAUCCUGUUGCUUGACAGCGAGACUGUUGGUAUACUCUCGACCGCCACGACACAAUCCGCUCUCUUGAACCAUGAAGUGUACCUUACAGAUCGCCUCGACAACCAGGCGCGAGAGAAGAUGCGCCAUUUACGCUGUCUAUGCUUCCUUCGUCCUUCCCCCGAGUCAAUACAGCUCCUCAUUGAUGAACUACGAGAGCCAAAGUACGGAGAGUACAACGUUUACUUCAGUAACAUCAUCAAGAAGUCCUCGUUGGAGCGACUGGCCGAAGCGGACGACCAUGAGGUGAUUCGCGCGGUUCAAGAAUACUUUGCCGACUACCUUGUCAUCAACCCCGACCUGUACUCUCUGGACCUGUGGUACCCUCAAAAUCGGAUAUGGGGAACCAGUCCCGAGCUAUGGAACCCGGACGCCUUGCAACGAUCGACCGAAGGGAUUCUAGCCGUUCUACUGUCGUUGAAGAAGAAGCCGCUGAUACGAUACUCGAAAACGAGUAUGCUUGCGAAGAAGCUAGCUACAGAAGUUCGGUAUCAUAUGACACAAGAGGACCAGCUGUUCGACUUCAGGAGACCGGACACCCCUCCAAUAUUGCUGAUAUUGGAUCGAAGGGAUGACCCAGUGACUCCAUUACUCACUCAAUGGACAUAUCAAGCCAUGGUGCACGAGAUGCUAGGUAUCCGGAACGGCCGUGUGGAUCUAAGCCAUGUUCCAGAGGUCCGCCCGGAGUUCAAGGAGAUUGUCCUCUCUCAGGAUCAGGACCCCUUCUUCAAGAAGAACAUGUUCCUCAACUUCGGAGAUCUCGGAGAAAACGCUAAGGGCUACGUCGAGCAAUUUGCAUCGAAAAGUUCGACAAACCUCAAGCUGGAAUCCAUAGACGACAUGAAGCGAUUCGUCGAAGAUUAUCCGGAAUUCCGAAAACUCUCGAGCAAUGUGACGAAACAUGUCACGUUGGUUGGAGAGCUUAGUCGAAGAGUCGGGGGAGAAAACCUCCUCGAUGUUAGCGAACUGGAACAGAGCCUGGCAUGCAACGACAACCACAACACCGAUUUGAAGACAUUACAACGCCUCAUUCAAGAUCCCGCCGUCCCCGCAUCCAACAAGCUUCGCCUAACCGCGAUAUACGCCCUCCGCUACUCCAAACACCCAUCCAACUCCACCCCGAUGCUCCUCGACCUCCUCAGCGUGGCUGGAAACCUCUCCCGCUUCCGCAUUGCCCUCAUCUCCAAGCUCCUCACCUACCACAGUUCCCUCGCCCCCGUCCCCGCAUCCGCCGGCGUUUCCGGCCUUCCCGACCUCUUCCAAUCUACCAACCUCUUCUCCAGCGCCCGUGAGCGCUUCCGCGGCCUGAAAGGCACCGAGAACGUCUACACCCAGCAUUCACCCCGCCUGGAGAGUACACUGCAGGAGCUGAUCCGCGGCCGGCUCAAAGAACAGCUGUAUCCCUUCGUCGACGGCGGUGGCUCGACCAAGGACAAACCCCAGGACAUCGUGGUCUUCAUGGUCGGCGGCGUCACGUAUGAGGAGGCGAAGAUGGUCGCGCAGAUCAACGCGAGCUCGCCCGGCGUGCGGAUCGUGUUGGGCGGUACCAGCGUGCACAACAGUGAGAGUUUCCUGGACGAGGUGGAGGAUGCGGUGGAUUCGUGGCCGGAGGCGGCGAGAGGGGGCACCGCGAAUGAAAGGCUGAGGAGAGAAGUCGGAAGGUGA